AUGGAUGACACAAACAACAUCCAACCUGACAAACAGGGAGGCUGGCCCGCCGACCGAGAACACCUCAGGAAACUGUGUGCCGUCGACGUUAAGGAGAAGCUCAAAGGCUCACGCUACUCUUAUGUAGCGGAGGAGCUCCUCGAGUCACUUUGCUGCGUCCAGCUCGACAAAAUUGAUGUUGACAUCGAUCUCAGCGAGUGCACAACCGCUACGACAUACUUCCAACCCUCACGACCCAUUGACGAAGAGUUGAAGCAGCGCCUCUCCCGACACCAGUGGGACUUGGGUUACCCAGGACAAGCGCCGCGAUUAUACCCCGAAUGCAAGGGAAACUGGUUCACGGGACCAUGGGAUGAGGCCAAGUUGCGAAAGAGAGGCGAGCUGGAGAUUGACCGUUUCGGAGGAAGCGCGUGGCGAUGCCUUGAAGACCGGUGUUACGUCCGAGAUGCCACCGGUCUGGUAUUGCCCGCGGGAUUCAUCUGGCAUACGCACGAGUACUCUUCUGACUACGCCUUCUUCCCCAAGGAUGAGAAGAAGCCUCACCUUGCUUGCAUCAUCAGCGACACUUUGAUUUCCCCGGACUCGAUCCUCCGGAGCGAGAUCCAUGGAGCCUAUUACCUUGUCACGUACCAGAUGGUCAUCAAGCGUUUCUGCAACCACCGUAUCAAGCCUGUCAUGUUGUACACUUUCCAGGGCGACGAUUACGCCCGCAUCACGCAGGCGUACUACGACCCCGACAUGGGCAAGAUCAUCAUUCGUCAAUCCCGACAGCUCGAUCUCCGUGGCCCCAAGCCGACUGAGGAUGCCUGGCUGUUGAUGCGGUGGAUGCUCAACACGCCGGCCGGAGACACUCUCAAGUCGGAGGAUGAUGGUCUGCCUGUUCGUGUCAAGGAACCAGCUGCGAGCCCGCAAAAUCCUACUACUGUUGCGACUGCAUGA